AAAAGGGGGAAUAUUAUUAUUAGAAGUAACGAAACUCAAGACUAAAAGAAGAAGAAGCAGAAAGAAGAAACACAACAACUACACGCGAGAUCUUUUCCACUCUCUCUCUCUCUCUCUGCAUCUAAUCCUUUUUUUUAUCAUCGAAGGCAGCCUUUACGUUUCUUAAAUUAACGUUGGAGAAUCUAUCAGAGUGUUUAAAAGGCUAUUUGGAAUCGGAGGUAAAUUUCAGAGCUUCAUUGGAGCCCCUUUUUUUGCACUUGUUCGAGGGACAAGAAGACAAUUGUAGAUACUACUUAAAUGCUCCAGCGAGUGAAUAUGAGCGCAGAUCUGUAACUCAUCUUCGACAAGACCACAAAGGUUUGUUUUCCUCAAGAGUGAUGGCCGUAUAACUCCACAUGCAUCUCCUUUGAAUCAAGAACAAGCCUUCUCUUUUAUUUGAUAUGUCAGGCAUUGAAGAGUACGGAUAUCUUGACGAAACCAGGGAGAGAAGAUCUGACUUUGACAUCUCUGAAGAUGAUGAAAGACGCCGCUCUAAAAUCGGGAAUCUUAAGAAGAAGGCCAUUCAUGCUUCAACCAGGUUCACUCAUUCUUUGAAGAAAAGAGGCAAGAGGAAAAUUGACUAUAGGAUUCCUUCAGUCUCCAUUGAAGAUGUACGUGAUGAGAAAGAGGAGUCGGUUGUGCUUGAGUUUCGUAGUAACCUUCUCCAGAGAGACUUGUUACCUCCUAGACAUGAUGACUACCAUACUCUUCUCAGAUUUUUGAAGGCCAGAGAUCUUAACAUUGAAAAGACCAUCCAGAUGUGGGAAGAAAUGCUUAGAUGGAGAAAAGAAUAUGGUACAGAUACCAUACUAGAGGAUUUUGAUUUCGAAGAGAUGGAAGAAGUUCUGCAAUACUAUCCCCAAGGCUAUCAUGGAGUUGACAAGGAAGGAAGACCUGUCUACAUUGAAAGACUUGGCAAAGCUCAUCCCUCUAAGCUUAUGCGUAUCACCACCAUUGAUAGAUAUCUAAAAUAUCAUGUGCAAGAGUUUGAGAGAGCUCUCUUAGAGAAAUUCCCUGCAUGCUCUAUUGCAGCUAAGCGCCGUAUCUAUUCCUCCACUACAAUACUGGAUGUGCAAGGACUGGGCAUGAAGAAUUUUACAUCAACAGGUGCAAGUCUUGUGGCUGCCAUGGCGAAGAUAGACAACAGCUACUACCCUGAGACGCUGCACAGAAUGUACAUUGUAAAUGCUGGAACAGGUUUCAAGAAAAUGCUUUGGCCUGCUGCUCAGAAGUUUCUUGAUGCAAAGACCAUCGCAAAAAUACAAGUGCUAGAACCCAAAUCUUUAUCCAAAUUACAUGAAGUCAUUGAUUCAAGUCAAUUGCCAGACUUCCUCGGAGGCUCAUGCUCUUGCUUUGGCGACGGAGGAUGUCUUCGCUCUAAUAAAGGACCCUGGAAUGAUCCUGAAACAACGAAGCUCAUCUGCCAUGGAGAAUCAUCACUCUUUAGGCAAAUUACCAGGAAGCUGAGUGACCCGCAGAAUUCUUCAUCCUACAUAAGUAUACAUCCAUCUAUGGCUAUGCAAGCUGAGAGUUCAGCAGCAGAAUCUGUAUCUUGUUCUGAUGUUCCUCCUGGAAGAAUGUGCUCAGCCUCUGCUCAUGUGAAUUCAGCUUAUGAGGAAGCUAGGACGUCAGAUGUUAACGGCUAUUAUAGUUGCGAUGACAAGUUUGCCAUACCUAACAAACCUGCUAACCGAAGAGGCCAAGUAAGGCAAUCCCAAUAUCAAAUGCUCGAACUUGAUCUCAGUUUAAAGGGAAGAACUGACAGCAUAAAACCUGAGAACCUAGCCAAAAGGAUAAUCUCGUUGUUGCUGAAACUAGCAGCAGUUUUCCGUUAUAUCCCGUUUGAGCUCUCGAGAAGGAAGAAUACCAUUACUACCUCAACUCCAACGGAAGAUGAGAGUAGGAGCACUCUCACACCAACACCUAUGGAGACCACAAUAAAAGACCGGAUUGGCCCGUGCUUGGAGCGUAUUCAGAAACUUGAGAAAAAGUAUGAGGAAAUCAGGAACAAACCGGUUGAAAUUCCCGCAGAGAAGGAGAGAAUGCUGAUGGAUUCUCUAGACAGAAUCAAAUCGGUUGAGUUUGAUCUCGAGAAAACAAAGAGGGCUUUACACGCCACAGUGAUGAAGCAGAUGGAAAUAACUGAAAUGCUGGAAAGUAUACGAGAGUCCCAACUUCAUAGAAGAAGAUUGUUCUGUUAGAAAAAGCCAAUAAGAGAACAUCAUCUUCUGCUGAGUUUUGCAUAAAUACAGCUCAAAACGUCUGCACAUACAGAGAGAUAGAGAGAACAGAUUACAAGAAGAAGAAGAAACAUGUUAGUUGCUUUUAUCUCCUUCCUCAUCUAACUUAGGUCACAACUUUUUUUUUCUUUUUUUCCUUUCGCUCGUAGGCCCACCUCCUUCCAUAAGUUAAUAGAAAAAGAAGAAGAUAGGGAGGGACAGAGAAAAUCUUUUGAUGGUGGAGAUCUUGUGGUUGAUAAUGUAGAUUUGACAUCAGAGUUGAGUAUAAUCAACCUGAUUUUGAAACCCUUCUGUUGUAAUCUUGUGUAGAGAGAGAAAACAAUAGAAAUAACAAAAAAAAAUUGAAUGAGAGAUGUUGUAAAAUCUUUUAUCAAUAUAUGUUUGAGAAAUGAAAGCAACAAAAAAAGAGACUGUGAACACGACUAUUACUA